UAGAUCUCGUUCGAUCUGACUCUCUCUCUCUCUCUCUCUCUCUCUCUCUCUCUCUCUCUCUCUCACAAUCGAUCUCUCCCUCUCCCUCUAUCUCUCGUUCUCUCUUUCGACCUCUGUAGACUGUAGACUUGGAUUGUAAUGCAACCUGUUUUGGUCCCAUUUGAUAUACAUUAUUAUUAUUUUAUUAAAGUAUACUCCGUAACCUUUUGGCCCAUUUGAUAUUAUAUAUAUAUAUUAGCUUUUAUAUUUAUAAAUUUUUUGAUUAUUAGUUUAAAAGAAUUAAAAUAAGUUGUAAAUGUGUUUGGUUAUGAAAAAAGUUGAACCUAUUUGGCUAAAUAAAUUAUAAUUUACAAUUGCAACUAAACAUCAUAAAUUAAUUUCUUAUAAGCAAAUAAAUAAACAAAUAAACUUAUUAAUAAAUAAAUGAACUUUGUAAAUUUUCCCCCCAUUAAUUUGAAUUGCAUUAUGGUUGUUGUUAUGGGAGAUGCUAUAUUGUUGAAAUUUAAUUGAAUUGAUGACUUUUUUUUUUCUUUUUUUUUUUUUUUUUUUUUCAUGCGAAGAGAUAACUACAUUAAUGUUUUGUUUUAUUUGUUUACCAAAUUUAUAAAUUUUAGGAAAUGAGUUCGGGUACGGGAAGUUUAGGUUCAACAAGUGGUACACCAAUUGAAGAAGAUGAUCAUGCUCCUCUUUGGUGUUAUGUUACGUUUAGGUUCAACAAGUGGUACACCAAUGGAAGAAGAUGAUCAUGCUCCUCUUUGGUGUUAUGUUACAAAACUAAAAAAAAUGGGAGAAUGAGGUGGUAAUACCAAGUUUAAAUGCAAUUACUGUCAAAAUGAGUACAAGGGGUCAUACUUUAGGGUCAAAGCACAUGUGUUAAAACUUUCUGGCAAUGGGAUUAGAGUGUGCCCCAAAGUGGCUUCGCAACAUCUUGCUAAAAUGCAAAGGAAAAUUGAAGAAGCCAAGAAGAUGUUAAAGAUGGCUAUACCUAAAAAAGUUCCUUUACCACCUUCCACUUGCCAAUCUACUUCAACAGGUUCAGGGCCUUUAGCUACUGGAGGAUUUAGAAUAGAGGGGUAUGAGCCAAGAAAAAGAAAGGCUAUUGGAACUUCUGCUCUAGAAAAGGCAUUCAACCUAGCUAUUCGGGAACAAUUGCAUUCUGAGAUUGCUCGAAUGUUUUAUUAAGCGGGGUUACCUUUUCAUUUAUCAAGGAACCCAUAUUAUGUUAGUGCUUUUCAAUUUGCUGCCAACAAUCUAAUUCCUGGUUAUGUACCACUUGGUUAUAACUUGUUAAGGACUACAUUGCUUCAAAAGGAAAGGGCUAAUGUAGAGAGGUUGUUGGAGCCAACUAGAGCAUCAUAGAAGGAAAAGGGGUUGAGUAUUGUUUCAGAUAGAUGGAUUGAUUCUCAAAGAAGGCCCCUUAUUAAUUUUAUGGGAGAAUCAGAAGUUGGGGCAGUGUUCUUGGAAGCUGUUAAUUGUGAAGAUGAGCACAAAGACAAGUUUUUUAUUUCCAACUUAAUUAGUCAAGCGAUUGAAGAAGUUGGGCAUUAGAAUGUCAUUCAAGUCAUUACAGAUAAUGCUCCCGUGUGUAGUGCAGCUGGUUUACUCAUUGAAAUUAAGUACCCGAAUAUCUUUUGUACACCAUGUGUAGUUCACACACUGAAUCUUGCUCAUAAGAAUAUUUGUGCUCCAAAGGAAAUAGGGGAUACCGCUUUUGCUUAUGAUGAAUGUCACUAGAUCACACUUUGUGUUGAUGAUGUGAUGUUUAUCAAAAACUUCAUCAUGAACCAUUCCAUGCGACUAGCUAUUUUCAAUGCAUUUGUACCCUUGAAGUUUGUUUGCUGUUACAGACACACAUUUUGCAUCUGCCAUUGUCAUGCUCAAAAGAUUUAAACUUAUAAAGCGUGGCCUUCAAUCAAUGGUUAUUAGUGACCAAUGGGUUUCUUACAAAGAAGACGAUGUUGGGAAAGCAACAUCUUUGAAGGAAUAAUUAUUGAAUGAUGUGUGAUGGGAUAAGAUUGAUUAUAUUUUUUCUUUUACAUUGCCUAUCUAUGAGAUGCUUAGGUUUUGUGACACUGACAAACCAUGCCUUCACUUAGUCUAUGAAAUGUGGGGCACCAUGAUUGAAAAGGUGAAGGCAAGCAUCUUUAGGCAUGAAGGGAAACUAGAUCAUGAGGAAUCAAUCUUUUAUUCCGUUGUGCACAAUAUACUAGUUAAGAGGUGGGCCAAAAGUAACACUCCUCUUCAUUGCCUUGCACAUUCUUCGAAUCCGAGUUCAACCUGGCUCAAUGAAAAUCCCAAUAGUGUCCCUCCUCAUAGGGAAGAAGAAAUUUCAAGUAUAAGAAACAAGUGCUUCAAGAAAUACUUUCCAAAUUUAGAGGAGAGAAGGGUUGUAAAUGUAAAAUAUGCCAAGUUUUCAGGAGGUUUGGAUAUGUUUGGAGAUUUUGACUCAAAAAUUGAUAGAGGAGUGUUGGAUCCACUCGUUUGGUGGUUUACACAUGGGUGUCCUGCUCAUGUGCUUCAAUUUUUAGCAUUAAAAUUACUUGGCCAGCCAUGUUCCUUAUCAUGCUGUGAAAGGAAUUUGAGCACCUACUCCUUUAUUCACUCCAUGAAAAGAAACAAAAUCACACCACAACGUGCUGAAGAUUUGGUUUUUGUGCACAACAAUCUUCGUCUCCUAUCAAGGAGAAGUUGACAGUACAUUGAAGGAGAAACCAAGUUAUGGGAUGUUGGUGGAGAUGCUUUUGAUUCAUUAGAGGGUGCAGGCUUACUUGAAAUUGUAAGUCUUUCUCUUGAUGAACCAAAUAUGGAAGCUGUGAUAUUCAUUAAUGAAGAGGAACAAGUUGAAGCUAUUGACCUUGAAGACUCUUAGCUUUAUAGGAAUCUUUCUUUUUUUAUCAUGUUGUCUUUUGCUUUAAGUUUUAUUUUUAUGUAUGCUACAUUACUAAAAAUUGUUGAAGUUUUAUUUUUAUG